AUGCCUGCAGACGACGACUUUGGGGCGGACGCCGACUUCCUGGCGGCGCUCGCAGCGUCCGACUCGAGCAGUUCACGGCCGCACGCGCCGCCGCCGCCACCGAAACCACAGGCAGCACGACAACAAGGCGCACCCAGGAUCCAGCAACCGACACCUCAGAGACUCGACAAAGCACCGCCGGCGAGUGCGUCUGCCUCUGGCGGCAAAGUGGUGCAGCCGACGCCACAAGCGCUGCCAAAGCGGUCUUCUGGUUCUGCGAUCCAGGUGUCGCCCCGCCAGAGGGGAAACCCGGUCCUCGCGUCUCUGCGGUCGCUCCCGUGGGAAUACAGCGAUAUUCCAGCCGACUUUGUGCUCGGCUUGACCACCUGUGCGCUCUUCCUGAGCCUGAAAUACCACCGCCUGCACCCCGAAUACAUUUAUCAGCGGAUACGAAACCUGCAAGGGAAAUACAACCUGCGCAUCAUCCUUGCCAUGGUCGAUAUCCCAAACCACGAAGACUCGCUGCGCGAACUAUCCAAGACUUCGCUGGUCAGCAACGUGACCGUCAUACUGUGCUGGUCCGCUGCCGAGGCCGCCCGCUAUCUCGAGCUGUACAAGUCAUACGAGCACGCCAACUUCAGCGCCAUUCGCGGCCAGCAGUCCUCGAGCUACGCGGAGAAGCUCGUCGACUUUGUGACUGUGCCCAGGAGCGUGAACAAGGCGGAUGCCAUUGCGCUCGUGAGCACGUUUGGCAGUCUGAAAGACGCCGUCAACGCCGACGCCGAGCAGAUUGGCGUCAUUGCUGGAUGGGGAACCAUCAAGGUGAACAAGUGGAUCGCUGCGGUUGACGAACCGUUCAGGGCCAAGAAGGCUGCCAAGCGCAAGCUCGUCCAUGACGAGAGCACGGAGGACGGGACGCCAUCGCGGCUCGACCAGGCUCGUCCCAUCGGGCGUGUCCCGCUGCGCGAGAUGUCUUCGAUGGGUGGCGCAUCCGCAGACACCCCGCCCGUCGAGGCGGUUCCUAGCGGCGAAGCAUCCGCAAGGGAAAAAUCAGGGGCCCAGCGGCCUGCUGCCGCGGCCGACGAAGACGACGAGGAUGCAAUGAUCGCCGCUGCCAUUGAGGAAUCAAAAAUCACAGCGAGAGCAGAGGCUUCACAGAGAAAAGAGUCUGCGGCCAGCAGCCGUGUGCCAGAGGAGCUCAAUGAUGGCAUAGCAGCGGCGCUGGCAAGGUUACGUGACGGUGGGUGA